UUGGAACAUCGGAUCAACAUUCGAUCAGUUUUCUCUAUUUGUGCUGUGGUUCAGUGAAGAAAUUUGUUAAAAUUUAAACAAAAUGGGGAUUUGUACAUAUUUUUUAAACAAUACUUGCCGUUUCGGUUCGAAAUGCAACAACGAUCACAUCGAUUUAUCUUCUGUCAUCAAAUCCGAGGUCGAUGUUACCCUUAAAGGCAAUCAGUGGCCGCUGUCCUGCUUUGGCCCCUUCAAGGAACGUAACUGCGUGCCGAAUUUCAUCGACGAUGUCAGUUUCGAGGAAAUUCGGAUGAUGUACUUGGAGGCAAAAAUGCAAAAUAACAUUCCCGGCCACCAAAUGCAAUUGAUGCAGAUGAUCAAUGAGGCAAAACAGAAGAUGCAGUGGCUUACGACAACCAACAGGGACAUAAUGAACAUGUUGAUUGAGAUUUACAAUCAGCAAGAUGAUUCAUCGAAAUCUUCCGCUCCGGCAGGAGGGAAUCCCUUUGCUGCGCCAAUUGGUGCUAGUGCUACUUCCGCUGCAAGCAUCUUCGGAGGUGCAACUAGCAACAGCAGCAGUGGAUUUGGAACGGGAAGUACGGCAUUCGGUGGUUCGAGUACAACUGCUGGAAACAUCUUCGGAGCACCCCCGAACCAGUCGGCCGCUAAUAUAUUCGGAAGUGGACCAACAAGUACCUCGAUGGGUGGAAAUAUUUUCGGUAAACCUGCUCAAACGACAACAGGUGCUCCUAACAUCUUCGGAACGCCCGCUUUAGGUCAACCGCAACAGCAGACCAAUAGUGUGUUCGGUGGACCUCCGGUAUUCGGAGCAAGUGGACCAUCACUUUUCUCUUCGACAAGUCAGAAUCCGCAAACGGUGGGUGGUUCAAUUUUUGGAAACGCAAAUGCAAAUACCAGUGCUGGGAACUUAUUCACACAAUCCUCCGUGUUCGGACAACCAGCUCCAAAUCCGAAUAUUUUUGCAACAUCUGCGCAAUCACAACCAACGGUUUCGCCUUUCGCUGCAGCACCAGCUCCAGCAAAUAACCUAUUUUCUAGUGCACCUACAUUUGCAACUCCCACAGCAGCUCAACCGCAGCAACAGCAGAAUCUGUUUACGUCAGCUUUCAGUGCUCAGCAAAGUGGUUCCCCCUUCGGCCAGCCUGGUCAACAGCAACAGCAAUCAUCCCAAAGUCUAUUCCUUCCACCACCGCAAACGGCGGCCCAACCACCCUCAAUGACUUCUACACACCCUUCAACCUUCGGGACAACUCCCGGAGUUUUCGGAGGAAAUACGCAACAGUCGGCUAUUCCAUUGACUAAUCAGUCGACCACCAUCUACAGUCGAAUGGAGAAUUUGGCCAAGGAACAUUUAGACGCAUUCAGUGCUGAGCGAUUCGAGCUGGGAAAGAUUCCCACGGUUCCUCCACCCCGAGAGAUGUGUGUUUAGAGCUUUGGAGUUUUGAGAUUUCGUAAAUAAAUAAUGUAUAUAC